GCGCCGUGUAGCCUCCACAUCCACACACAGGAGGAGGAGGAUGAGCGCACUGGGCGAAAGGACAACGAUCACAGCGCUGGAGACGCGGAGAUGCUUAACUCACCAGACAGAUUAAACCCGUUUCAAGACAAGCUGUGUGGAUGUAACUGUGGCGGAGGAACACGGCUUCAGCUCCGUUUAAAAUUUCAGAGAUGGAAAUGAAGACUGUGAGGGAGCAUCAUCUUGAGCUGGAAUGCUAUUAGGGAGCGCCAAGGCGUUAUGAACACAGUACUGCGUACCUCAACAUGACACUGCCGCGUAUCACAGGAUUUUACAUUAGGCUACCAUAAAAGCGAAAUAUAACCGUCUAGCAGUGUCCAUGUAUUUGUUUUAUUCUACCACAGUGCGAUGGGAAUUUACGGAUGAGGCUUUAGGCUAGCGUUUAUGGAAAACCCGAAGACAUGACAUGCACACGAAAAAAAAGGAAACGACAUUUUCUGCUUUUUAAAUCCCGUGUUUACAUAAGCUAACGAGCCCCUGGCUGAACAACUGGGCUUGCAUUUCGACACGAAACAGUUUUUUUUGUGUUAUUUCCCCAGACGUAACCGUUUUGUUCAUUAAUUCUCUCUAUUUUUUUUUUUUUCAUCCAUCAUAUUUUUUCCGGGUCUGUUACUGGUAAACGAAUUGACAGUCGAUACUGGAUCACACAUUUGGAUUCAUGUUUGAUUCUCUGAGCGAGGUGUUCCAUUUGGAAAAGAACAAUUUUUGCAUCUUUUGUGUGUUUUUGGUUCUUGACAACUGCAACAAGCUCCCGUUCAGGCCUGCUGUCCAAGCCAAAGCCAUUGUGUUGAGGACAAACUGGAGAUUUCCAGGUGCUGUGAAGGGUCAGGAGGUGAGACAUUUUUGAAAGCAAGCUCCAAAGAGAACUUUGCAAAAUGAGGCAAUGCAGAACCAGCUUCUCCUGUUCCAUGUGAGACAACAAAGAGAGGCAACCACGUGGACGAAAGACAACUCAACCGGAGGAGGUGGAGGAGGAGGAGGUGGUGGAGGAGGUGACUGUAAAGGAGGUGUUGGUUCAAAGGAGAGAACAAAGCUCUUCUGUCAGAGCAGCAAGAGGUAUGGCCAACGGAAAUGAGAGUAGUGAUGGGUCCCAUAACCCCCUGGCAGCAGUUGUGGCUACUACAGGUGGCACAGUGAAUGGAGGGCCUUCGUCAGCUGUGUCAACCUAUAUCAAGCUUGUCCUGCUAGGGCUGAUCAUAUGCAUCAGCCUAGUGGGCAACCUGGUGGUAUCUUUGCUAGUAUUAAGGGACAGAACCCUACACAAGGCCCCAUACUAUUUUCUAUUGGAUCUUUGCUUGGCUGACACAAUUCGGUCUGCAGUCUGCUUCCCCUUUGUACUGGUGUCCAUCAAGAAUGGCUCAACCUGGACCUACAGUGUACUCAGCUGCAAGGUGGUGGCUUUCAUGGCCGUGUUGUUCUGCUUUCAUGCAGCCUUCAUGCUGUUCUGCAUUAGUGUUACACGGUAUAUGGCCAUUGCCCACCAUCGGUUUUACUCUAAGCGUAUGACCUUCUGGACGUGCGUUGCUGUGGUGUGUAUGGUCUGGACUCUGUCAGUUGCUAUGGCCUUUCCACCCGUAUUUGACGUGGGCACCUAUAAAUUCAUCCGUGAAGAAGAUCAGUGCAUUUUUGAGCACCGGUACUUUAAGGCCAAUGACACACUGGGAUUCAUGCUUAUGCUGGCUGUGCUUAUUCUAGCCACUCAUGUGGUCUACAUGAAGCUCUUGCUCUUCGAGUACAAGCACCGCAAGAUGAAGCCCGUCCAGAUGGUACCUGCCAUCAGCCAAAACUGGACCUUUCAUGGGCCUGGAGCCACUGGCCAGGCAGCAGCCAAUUGGAUUGCAGGUUUCGGCCGAGGCCCAAUGCCACCUACCCUGUUGGGUAUCAGGCAGAACUUGCACAACCAGAAUCGACGGCUGCUAGGUAUGGAGGAGUUCAAGGCAGAGAAGCAGCUUGGCAGGAUGUUUUACGUAAUCACUCUGUUUUUUCUGGUGCUCUGGUCACCAUAUAUUGUGGCCUGUUACUGGCGGGUUUUUGUGAAAGCAUGUACCAUCCCACACCGGUACCUCUCCACUACGGUGUGGAUGAGUUUCGCCCAAGCAGGGGUGAACCCCAUUAUCUGCUUUUUCCUUAACAAGGACCUCAAAAAGGGUCUGUUGGCCCAUUUGCCUCCCUGUUGUAGAACUAAACCUCAACUACCCCGUGAGCCUUACUGUGUCAUGUAAAGACAAGUGUUUAUUCAUUUCUGUUAUCAUUUCCUUUAUUUCUGUUUGGGUGGGUCACAAUUGGACAGUUAAUAUGUUUUAAAAGGUAUUUGAAAAUGGAGACAUGUGGGAUGAAUUCUUUCAUUGAAAGUUUAUUUUAUUGUUUUUUUUAUUGUGUUAUUAUUAAGGGAAAAGGUUCAGGGUUAAAAUGCGAGGCACUAAAUCAAAUACAAAUAUGUUUUGAGAAACAUUGCUAUUUACUACAGCCUUGAUGAUGCUAUCAUUCUAAAGACAAAAACUGUUUUCAUAACAAACCAUUGGUGGUAAUGAGUUUAUGAGGAUCAGAAAUGUGAUUGAUCUGAGAAAAUAGUUAAACAUGUCAUUAACAGUAAUUCAAGUAAUUCAGUGAUCAUGUACCAUUAAGCUUCAAAACUUCACUUUGGCAUAGUAAUUUCUAUUUGAAAUUAUAACUGCUAAAAAAUGCAUAUAUUACAGUAAUCAAACAAUAUUUGCAUGUAUCCUUAAAUCUUAAAGUGCCAUGGGCCAAAAAAAACUCAUGAGAGUUGAAAUUCAAAUUUGGUAUGUUAUAGCAAAUUUUGAGCAAGUCAGGAUGAAAUUUCCUGUAGAACACUUUGAUUCUCUUGGAGGUUUAGAUGCAUAGUACAGAACUAUACUGUACCUGCAAACGAGUUGGAGUUUAAUCUUUAGUUUUAUCUUUGAAGAUUAUUAGUCAGUAAUCGUACUGACACUCAUCGCAUGACUUAUCAUGUUUGUGUCCCGGUAAUAUUUAUAAAUUACUUUCCACUGAAGAAAGUUUUUAAGUGCUUAAAAAUGACUAUUUCCCAUUUGAUGUGGUUGCUGAAUCCAUGAAUCAUACAUUGAUAUCAAAACAGAAACCUUUAAAAUUGCCUAUAAUUGUCUAUAUAGCACACAUAUAUAUCAUUUUUGAAAGCAUUUCAAAUUUUUGCCUGCUUUUGAUGUUCUAGAAAAAAAAAUCCCCUAAUUAGAUGAAUGUACUAAAAGUACUGAAACUGAGAUUUCAUUCUUUUUGGCUGAUCCUAUGUGAUGUUUAACAGUACAAAAUUACCAGUUACUUGAAUCCAAUUCAAUGUCAUAGCACUGAGUGCAAAACAGUUCUCUAUAGGGUAAAAGAAAUAUGUAUUAUGAGAAAAUUCAGAACACCUAUACUUCAAUUGCUUUUUUUGGACUGAUAUUCUAUUAUAAAAACAGAAUGAAGUGUGAUAUCCAAGAAGACUAUACGUUAA